GUUCAGCGACCGCCUCCGUAAGACAGCGUAUAUACCUCCGUCCUGAUCCGUGGCACAUGAAUCGGUAUCGCAACGCCCCGGGCGCCCGAGGCCCGUCCAAGGCAACCCCCAGCACGCUGUGUCAAAAAUGCUUAAAACGAGGGCACUAUAGCUAUGAAUGCUCGGUGACGGCGCAGGACCGACCCUAUACCUCCCGUCCGUCGCGUACGCAGCAACUAUUGAACCCCAAGCUCAGGCCGCAACUGUCCACAGAAGUUCCCAACGAUCUUUUGCGCACGAAAGGCGUCGCCGAUGAUAUCUUGGCCAAACGCGAAGAAGAUCGUGGCCGAAAGAGAGACCUGGAUGAAUUUGAUCCCCUUGAUGCCCCGGGACAGAGCUCGAAAAGAGCUCGAUCGGUAUCAUCGCAUUCCACAAACUCCGUGUCGACGAUAUCUACCAGUCGCUCGCGCUCGGAGUCUCCCCCUCGUCGCUCCGGCUACACUGCACGGAGUGGCCGCGAUCGGACGAGAUCGGUGUCCUCACACUCUAGGCCAAGAAAGAGGAGAUACAGCGACUCGUCAGGAUACACGGGCUCUUCGCCCUCGCGGGAAGGGGCACGUUCUCGGUCGCGCGACUGGCCUGAUGAUAGGAACACUCGGCGGAGACAUCGCGAGUCUAGCCCUGUCCACCGUGGUCGAGCAGUGAACGUCUCGCGCGAUGGCGAACGCAGAGAAAGAAGUCGCAGUCGCAGUGUGGACCAAAGUCGGAUCGCCCGAAGCCGACGGUCCAUCACCCCGGCAGAAUUAGACAACGACCAUAGGACGUCCAAAGGAUAUCCACGAGAUCACCAAGAUCGGCGCGAGGGCACCCGGGGUCGCUUCAGCCAGGCGCAUGACAAACGAAGUGGGCGCGACCAAGGUCAAGCCCCAAGAGAGCGGAGUCUCAGUCCUUACAGCAAGCGUCUGGCUCUGACACAGGCCAUGAACAUAUCUUGACGGAACUCUGUUUCUGUCUUGGAAAGCAAACAAAGGAAGCCUGAGAAGAGAGAGGGGGGAGGGAGAGAGAGAAUGAAGGGGAAAAGGUGGAGAGAACAAUGAGACUCGACGAUUCUUCUUGCAUUUACUUGUGAAAUCCAGGAAGCAACUUGGAGUACAACUAUAGACAUGACCACCCUGUAUUAUACCAAUUG